CUUGUAUCUAAGCUACUACCUAAGGCUUCCCUGCUUGACGUCCUGAAUGAGGUACGUAGUAAACGUCUAGUUGAGGCUGACAGCCUAGCGACUUCUAACAACAGUUAAACGUUAAACUUAGCUGUAGAGCUUUGAAUUCAUAGAACAAUUAACUUCAACACACUGGCGCGGAUCUUUGGGGUUUAUCAAAGCGACCCCAGAUCCUUUACUCACCAUACUCAACGCCGACAACUGAUCAAGUAGAACUAAAAUCUUACACAAAGUCAAGCCUGCCGCAUUGCGUAUUCCAAAUCUCGUCGCGAGAACUUCCCCUCCAAUUCUUCGAUGCUCUCUGGCGUAAACGGCAGCCUAGACCCCGAUAGGGUACUAGCAGUAGCAGGAUCAGUUUCUAUAAUAUGAAGAAACAAAUAAUCGUCAUCCCUCAUUAAGCUUUAGUCGUUCUGUUACCGUUAUCAUGUCCACACGCCCGGGUCGUUAUCGAUCGUCCACCUCCGCAUCGACACCGCUAGCUACCUCCAAAGCUUCCGAAGUCCUCCAGUCUCUCCUCGAUGCCGUAUCCUCUAUCAUAUCCGCUUCUUUAAACAGCGGCUACCCGAAAUUCGAGCCCUUAAUAGCUCAGAUACGACAAAUUCAACAAUAUCUGUCCGCAACUGCCCCACCAAGCUCCAUCCAAGACGACUUUAGACAUCUUCGUGGCUUUCACCACCUACUCGACGUACUGCGGUCCUUCUCUGGCUUUUAUAACCUCCAAAAGCGAGAUGAUGAUGAGAAGAGAAGCUUUUUUAAGCUCCUCAAUGCCGUAUUUAGUGCUCUCGCUGCCGCCUUCCGUGCGCAUCCUGGUAACCGACGGUAUUUUCGUACGCGGGUCGAGGGUGGCGGUUGGGAUGCUUUGGAGCAAAUUAUAGCGAGCAUUGGCCUUGGAGGUAGCGAUUCAGAUCUGUGGACAAGCUGCCAGUUAUUUGGGAAGCUCUUUUUCUUGGCUGUAAACGAUGCGGCGCUGGAUCAACUAUGUUGCUCUGCCACGUUAGAUGACGCCGCGCCCUGGGUUUUGGUCGCGCCGGAUGAGCCCGGUACUGGAGAAGAUGGCACAAGGAGCGAGGUUCACGAUGUUGCUCGCUUAGGUGACCAUAUAGCAUCGAUUGAGGCGGCGAUCCAAAAGACUGUUGGCCCCAAGUCAACUUUACAAAACCCCGAGGUCAUCCGUACUAUCGUGGACUUUUGGGAAUCUCUACCACGCGAUAAGCAAAUCCCAGAAAACACAGCAUCCUUGCUGGUACUUAAGAUCUUAUCCUCGAUUUUAGACGUUUCCAACGUCAACUUGUGCCUAGUUCACGAGACAGGCGUUUUGUCUCGAUUCUUAAAAUUUGCUUUCGACGGAAAUUCUCCUCUUAACGAUAUCGAGCAUGAGACAGUUCUAUCUAUUUGUCGAUCUCUGAUGCCUUUCGGUGUGAACCGGCUGGUGGAUGCACAGGAACUUCUACUCAAUCCCUCUCUGGACUCGUCGGAUUUCUGCUUAGAGGUAAUGCAUAAAUACGGUGGCCCUCCAUACAUACAAUUCGACUUGUCCCAAAAUGGGCACUCUUCAAUUGAAUUGCCAAGUUUAGGGCGUCCAUUCCCCCCUCCGUCUUCUGCUGGAUAUACAUUUGCUGCGUGGGUGCGGAUCGAUCAGUUUGAUCCGAAAUCACAUACUACACUUUUUGGAGCAUUUGACUCAACUCAAACCUGUUUUGUUCUCGCAUAUCUCGAAAAAGAUACCCAUAAUUUCAUUUUACAAACUUCAGUUACUUCGCCGCGGCCGAGUGUCAGGUUUAGAACCUUCACGUUCAAGCAAGGGAGAUGGUAUCAUAUCGUGGUGGCCCACCGACGACCUAAAACAAUGAUACCCAGCAAGGCUUCCUUAUAUGUGAACGGUGAAUUUGUCGAGCAGAUACGUGCCUCUUAUCCCGCUCAGCCGCCGUUAUCAAACGGCAGCACGGAGAGUUUUGCAUCGUUUACUUCUUCGAGUAACAAGGCCAUGCCAGUCCAGGCAUUUUUAGGGACCCCGCGUGAGCUUUCUUCUCACCUGGGUACAGGAUUAAUACAUUCAAGAUGGUCUCUUGGUACAGCCCAUCUUUUUGAUGACGUAUUAAGUGAUGAUUUUCUAUCGGUUCCCAGUCGGCUAGGAGUUCAUUACCAAGGGAACUUCCAGGACUGCCUUGGCGGAUUCCAAACUUACACGGCAUCCGCUGCCUUGGGUCUCCGUAAUGAUCUUGUUAGUACCGGGAAAGAUGACUCUGAUAUCAUGAAGGUUAUUAGGGAUAAAGCCAGUCAUGUGGUCCCAGAGCAUAAAAUCGUUCUCAGUGUACUGCCCUCUUCGAUCUUUCGGGAAAAGGAACACUUUGGCGAGUCACAGCUAUAUCGUUCCUUGUCUCGCGGACCUGCUCAUACUCUGGUACAAAUGGUACUCAAAAAUGGCACGGGCAUAGCUAUUAACACGGCGUUGCCUUCGAUUAACGAUGCGCUUCUUCGUUCGAAUGGCGUGGCAGUAUUGACUGGAAAUCCCAUUGUUGCAACUCCCCAGUUCUUCGACGCUGCCCUCUGGCAAUUAGCGGGCUUCACGCCACUUGCAUUAAAGUUAAUCGAUCGGGCUUCUUCAGCCGAAACGCUAGUACGUGCUAUUGAGAUGGUCUUCCUGUGUAUCAAUUCGAGUUGGCGAAAUAGCGAGGCUAUGGAGAAGGAUGGGGGGUAUGCGAUCCUAGCAAUUUUAUUAAAAGCCAAGCUUGGUUUUGGCGGGCCUGGAAGCGAAGGGCUGACUGAGAAGCUUGCGAUUUCGAAUAUCGAAAAGGACAAGUUAUGCGUCCAGAUCCUCAGCCUUGUACUGGAAUUUGUCGGUUAUAAACACCGGGAUCCUCUUGAAUCAGUGAUCAUAAACCCCUUAGCAUAUCGCAUUCUCCUAGUUGAUUUUGAUGGUUGGAGAAAAUGCGGUCCUCUUGUUCAAGAGCUGUAUUAUAAACAGUUCGUGAGUUUCGCCGUGAUGAGCAAGUAUCAUCAAUACAACAACCGCAGGCUACUUCGAAUGCGAAUUGUGAAAAGGCUCCUCGAUGCCAUUAAGUCGGAGCCUCUGCUGGAAGCUGUACUCCCCUAUUUCAUAAGCGCUAUCAAAAGCCUCGUCAAAUGCAAUUAUAACACCGAGGUCCACCAAUCACUCGCUCUAUUCAUUACCUAUGCUUUUCAUCCCACGUCGAGAUCUCUUCCGCGUACUCCAAAAGCAGCAAAUCGUCGGCCCUCUCAUAAUAUUCCAUUACGACCGCUGGUCCCUAUAAACGGAGCGGGCGGGAAUGACGUGCGGUUGCUCACGAAGAGAGAGGUCGGCAUACGUCUCCUGGAUAUGUAUAGCCAAUUGCUAUGCGAAAAAGGGAACUUAGCAAUUAUUCGGAAGUUCGCUAAAACAGUGACAAACAAGGUACUUGACGCAAGGCCAUUGCGAAAAAAUUCCAAGCUGAUGAUGGUCCAGUGGCUUUUGUAUCUUCUCACAGAAAACGACCCGGAAAUCGUAACGUACGGCUGCAAGAUACUUGCUAGGCUUUUAGUCACCCACGGGACGGCCUAUAUCAACAAGUUUUCGGGGAAGACCGGGGGCUUCUGUAUUAUGGCUCACCGUCUUAAGCGGUGGUGGGAUAUUGCAACUCUCUGGCCCAUUUGCUUCAGCAUCCUCUUUGGAUAUGACGUCGCAGAAAUAGACUUCGAGAAGAAUUUCGACUUUUUCAGUUUAUUAGAAACGUUUGGGAAAUGCAAAAUCGCCAAUCCAGAUGCGUUGUCGAUCAUCACGGCCAUGAUCCAGCAUGCACUGAAAGAUAUUCUGAAAGCCCAGGAGGAUCCAGCUUCACCGCCACCUGAUUUAGACAUGGCCGUAACGAAGCAUGAAAGUUUGGGGACAAGACUACGAGCACGAUCAAUGUCACUUCAAAAGGAGCUUGAAUCACGAGAAAUAAUUGAACCGCGAGCCGAACGUAACGCUGGGAACGCUGCGGUACUCCAGACUGUUAUUCGGUUCAUGGCAGACCUACAUACUCGAUCGGCAGAUUUCCGAGAUUUUGCACUAUCCUCGGACUACGUGAGGCUACUUCUAUCUGCCCUCUACCCAGCUAUCGUAAGCACGGAUCCGGUCAAUCCCGAGACAGAACUUAACUCUAGAGACUCAACACUCACUUUCGAGGGCGGAGAUGUCAUCAUUCGCCCGAUUGGUGGGACAACAAGUGCUGCACCCGUAAUUAGAACGUCUAGCGCGACCGAUGCAUCGCUACCUGCUAGUAGAAUUACUCAUGCUCAUCGGGGAAGUCAAUUACGGAAGGCUUCAUCUUUUAUACUUCUCACAUCCCAGAAGUCGACCCAAUCCAGUCCAGCUCGCCUCGUUCAUGUCAUGUCUCCGAAGAAGAAAGUUGCCGAUCAAAAUAUCGGCCAUGGGUUAGUCGAGGGCCUCCUCGAGCUUGUUAUCAACGUCUUCGUAGACCAACUAUUGGUACGAAAGGAAUUUCCGGGGUUCGGCUUAUUCCUUAAGGUGCCUCCUGGAUUCCAAGAACACCAAGCAUACUUCGAGUCCUACGUAUUGAAGAGCACUAUCGUCCAUAUAUCAACAGCGAUCAAGCUUGAUUGGAAAGCUCUAAGCGAGCCGAAAGUGCUCACCAACAUGGCUAGGUUCAGUCUCCACAUGGUUGAAGCAAUAUUCGAAGGGUGGUUUAUGAACGGUACCGAAUCGAUGUUGAACUUCGCGGGACUCUUAUUGGAAUAUCUCCAGAAGCCAGACGUCGCAAAGAUGAAAACCGUAAGACUAUGCAGCCAAGCAGUGACGACUAUUCGAGGCUCGUUUCUUAAACUAGUCCUACUUAGACUCUCAGAAAUGGACGAUCCACAAACCACCGAGGUGGAGGCGAAUUUUUCAAUGGAAAAGAUACUUUACUGGCAAAUGGUUGUAUUAGAGUCUUUAUCGCCCGAUGAUGACUAUAUGAAGUUCUUCUGGUACCAGCUCUAUACUAAGUUAGUAGAUACGAGGCGAGCCGUACGACUUGCUGCUGUCAAUCUCUGGCGCAUCAUGCUUGUACAGAAACCCAACGAAUGCACGUCGCUGUUUCGAUUAUCCAUGACAUCCGCCUCAGACCAGACUCAGCUUGCAGCAGAUUUCCAGAAACUUACCGAACUUGAUACAGACGCAUUCAUCGAUUGGGUUGAUGAACAUCGACCUUCACUUGAUGCAUUGUUUCUAGGGGGUCUCUCGCGGGCCUGGGAAGAAUUCGUCAACACGGAAAACCAGCGCACGGCAGAGACAGCUAAAUCACGAUUGACAAAACGGAAAGAGACUCUGAAACGAUGGCAUUCGGAGAUGGUCGAACGGGACAAUAUCUUACUACGCCAUGACAUGGCCAACUCCGCCUGGAUGAAAUCCAUCUACGCGUCUGAGCAUUUCAAGCAUCAACGUCUAAUGCAGGACCAACAGGAUGAUGUCAUUUUCUUUUCGUCCUCGUUCUCCCGUAUGCAAAAGGACCUUAACCGACCAGGAGCUGUAUUAUACGAUCCUAGGCCCAUUAAGUGGAAACUUGAUAGGACAGAAGGUCGGAAUCGUAUGCGCCUCCGGCUUCUACCGGACCUUUCUACCGACCACGACCAAUACCAACCCAAGCGGAAAACGACAGACCAACCGGCAACUUCUACUUCCAAAGGAGAGUCAAUUGAUAUGCCUGCUGCAACACCUGCGUCAAGAAAGCCUGCACCUCCAUCCAUACCCCAAGGGCAGAUAAGCAGCCAGGAUGAAGUCGCCGAAGAUGACGCCGAUGACGCCCCGGCUGGUACUCAGGCUGGAGUAAAACCUGGGCAGACAGCCAUCCCCGAGGAUGACUUCGAGAUGAUUGACGACCCGAACGAUCCUAACGAUGCUGAUGACGGGUUCGAAGACAAGAAUAGGAGAGUGAUGAGACGCCUACAGCAGGGCGACACGGUUCAGCAAGUUUACAAUGUCUCCCGCGUCAUUGGUCUUGAAGCAUUCGAGGGUAUUCUUUUAGUUGGAAAAAACGCCCUUUAUUUGAUGGACAGUUUCUUCCAGUGUGCGGAUGGAGAGAUAGUCAACGUCUGGGAAGCGCCCGUGGAAGAGCGUGACCCUUUCUCUCAGAUUAUAACUGGUGUGAAGUCUAGCGAAAAUCGACAGGCCAUAAGCCGCACCUCUCAGGACUCCCGCAGUUGGAAGUGGCACGAUGUUAUAAGUAUAUCGAAGCGCCGGUUCUUGUUCCGAGAUGUAGCUAUUGAAGUCUUCUUUACCGACGGCCGUAGUUAUCUUCUGACUGCGAUGAAUCCGGCGAUGAGAGACGAAAUAUUUUCUAAGCUCGCUAACAAGACUCCGCACACCGCAGGAGCUAACUCAUUGCCCAACCCAGAGGAUGCCUGGCGUCUAGAGUCGCUCAAAGUCUUCGAAGAGUCACCUCAAUCGUUUGGAUCAAAAUUCGGCAGCAUAUUCAACUCUUCCCCCUGGAAUCCUCUCAUGAGACGAUGGCAACGAGGCGAAAUAUCUAACUUCCAUUACCUAAUGCUCGUGAAUACAAUGGCAGGCCGGACAUUUAAUGACUUAACCCAAUAUCCAGUUUUCCCCUGGGUCCUGGCAGACUACACGAGUGAAGAAUUAGACUUGAACAAUCCCGCCACGUUCCGAGAUCUGUCGAAGCCUAUGGGUGCGCAGACCGCACGACGUCAGCUUGACUAUCAGACCAGAUACACCAGUCUAGCUGAGAUUGGCGAGACACCCUUUCACUACGGCACGCACUACUCGUCCGCCAUGAUUGUUGCAUCGUAUUUGAUUCGUCUGCCUCCGUUUGUGCAGUCCUUCAUCCUACUUCAAGGUGGCUCGUUUGACCACGCAGAUCGACUCUUCUUCUCGAUUGAAGGGUCGUGGAAAUCCGCAUCGCAGGACAACGGAUCCGAUGUCCGAGAGCUAAUACCAGAGUUCUUCUAUCUCCCAGACUUCUUAACGAACGUAAAUGGAUAUAACUUUGGCGAUCGUCAAGGUUCUGGUGGCCGGGUCAACCACGUUGAGUUACCUCCAUGGGCCAAAGGCGAUCCGAAGAUAUUCGUUGCGAAGCAUCGUGAGGCAUUAGAGAGUCCUUACGUGAGCCAAAACCUUCAUCUCUGGAUCGACCUGAUAUUCGGUCAUAAGCAACGUGGCGAAGCAGCUGUAGAUAACUUGAACGUGUUCCAUUACCUUUCGUAUUACGGUGCCAAAGAUCUUGACAACAUUACGGACUCGAACGAACGACAUGCUACAACAAGUAUUAUCCAUAAUUUCGGACAAACACCACAUCAAGUCUUCACCAAGCCCCAUCCGCCGCGAGAGAACGUCUCAUUUCCAGUGAAGAGACUAGAUACGGCCAGCCAUUCUCUUGCCAGGAUACCUCACCCGCUUCUCGAAAGUCGCGAGCGGGUCGCCUCCCUAGUAUAUUCACCCAAACUGGAUCGGCUCCUAUGUUCGUCCCCCUUCCGCCUCAACCUUCCCCCUUUCUUUGACAAAUACCUCGAGUGGGGAUAUGCGGAUAAUAGUGUGCGUUUCUAUCACACUGAAAAUCGGAAGAGUGCGGGCGUCAGCGAAAACUUGCACACAGGCCAAAUAUCAUGUAUCGUCGUCGCCGAUUCGAAGACGUUGAUCACUGCCGGUGAGGAUUGCGUCGUGUCCGUGUUCACCAUACAGACCACCUCAGGCAAGCCCGUGGAGCUGAUGCAUCGUUCUUCGCUAUUCGGGCACAAGACUCCGGUCACGACGAUUGCGGUGUCAAAGGCUUUUAGCACGCUGGUCACGGUUUCCGGAGACGGACACGCGUUCCUCUGGGAUAUGAAUCGUCUCGAGUUUGUGCGAAAGCUGUCGAGCGCUCGAGCUGUCGAGUGUGGUCGCAUCAACGACGUAUCUGGGGAGAUAAUGCUGUGUUCAGGUCCGAACGUGACAUUAUACACAAUCAAUGGCGACUUGAUACUGGACCAGAACGUAUGUUCCGAGCCCGACGACUACGUAUAUUCUUGCUCCUUCUACGAGGGGUCAGGAAACGAGUGGCUAGAGAGUUAUCUCAUCUUUACGGGGCACAGGAGAGGCAAGGUAAAUAUCUGGAAACGGAUUAUCAAGGGUGGCAAGUGGGGGUUGGAGUUGGUAAGACGGCUGGACCACAUCGACACGCGCAGCGAGACGGGGACAAAUACGGAGGCGGCGAUUACUUGCAUCACCCCGAUGCCGCAGCUGGUGUAUACCGGAGACGACGACGGACGAGUUUACGAAUGGAAUCUCAUCCAAAGGGAAAGAUAGAGUCUGACCCAAAGAAAACGGCCAUCCACGGUGUGCUGGAAGAUGCGGUCGCAAAGCAUUGGUGCAUAGACGGGCGUUUGCUUGAGAUUUUAGCACUCUUGAUAUACAGCGGGCGGAGGGUCGUUCUGCUAGGUAGCCCGGAUUCCAGGAUAGAUGAUAUGGAUAGCUCGCUUAGAUGGGACGGGUUAGACGCAGAUAACCAAUGAGUGAACGAAUAGAUGAUGAAUACAAUACACGGCGCUGGUCGUGGGACGAUGAAAUGAACUGAA